CGUUUCAGUAUUUUUUCGGUUUAUUUUCAUAAAAUUAAAAACCUACCCUAACUGUCGGUACGUUUAUAGAUUUAUAUAUAAACCUACGGUUUUAUUAAAAGAAACCUAAAAAUCGACUCGGUACGAUACAGUUUGGUCAGUUUAGUCGGUUUUUAAAUAUCCAUUGACACCCCUAGGUAACUCUACCUCAAGUUUAUAGAUUGUAUCACUUUUAUUUUAUCCUGUUUUAACUUUUCUUUUCCUGCUUUUUAUCAGCAUUUUUGUAGCCUCUUUAUUUUUUUUGGAUUAUGGAUUUAGUCAUUUCUUGAUUAACAUAGGUUGUGCUUGAAAACCCCAGAAAAGGUACAAUCUUUUUGAGUUAAUGGAAGCAUGGUCAAGUUUAAAUGAUGAGUCUCAGGUAUAUAAAGGAAAUGAGAGUGGUUCUGGUAUUAAUCUUACAGUAGAAGUAAAUGGCAUUGAUGGCUGUAGUAAGAAUAGGCUAAAGAGCUUGUUUGAUCAAGUUCUUUCUGUUUUUCUAAGUGAGGUAACUGAGAAAAAAUGUGUAAGGCCUCUUCCAGUUAUGACCGGUAGUGGGAAGCCUCUGGAUUUGUUUAAACUUUACUGGAUUGUGAGGAAAAUAGGGGGAUAUGACCGCGUUUCGAGCAAGAAUUUGUGGGGCUUUAUUGCAGAGCAUUGUGGGUUGGAUGUUGGGGCUGUUGCAUUUGUGAAGUUGGUUUAUGUUAAGUAUUUGGCUGAAUUUGAUCAUUGGCUAAGGCAGUUAUGUAAAGAAGGAAACUUGGAGAAACGAGAGGGUGGGGUUGUUCGCCGACUUGAUUUGUUGUCAAAGGAGUUGGAGACAAGGUUUAGGAGGUUGUUGCUCCGUAGGUGUCAGAAAAAGAAAGAUGCUAAUUUGCUUCCUUCGAAAAAUGGUCAGGUUGAUUUUGAAAUGCUUACUACUGAAAGUGUUAAUAAAACCAAUGAUUACACAACACGAAGAAGUUUCAAUGCUGAAAACAGGAACGGUAACCUUUACAAUGGCGAUGAAAGAUCCGUUUCUAAGAUUGACGACGACUACGUUUUUUUGGCAUCUGCCGAGGGGAUUGUCGAGAAGGUCCUUUAUAAAGCACCUGAAAAAUCAAAUAAUGAAUAUGAUGACGACGAAAAAUUCUUUGCCCGCGAUAUUAAAAAUAAAGUGACAUCUAACGGAGAGGUGAUUCAGAGAGCUGCGUCGGCCAUGAGUGUUAUUGAGAAUGUAUUUGAUUCUCGCAAGAGAAAAAGAGAAUCUUCAUGUUUCUCAGGAAUGUUGAAUUGGAUUAAUCAUGCGGCAAAACAUUCUAAUGAUCCUGAAAUUGGAGAAGUUCCUGAAUCUUCCAAGUGGAAAGGUCAUACAAGCAACGAGUUCUGGUUCCAGGUCUUGUUGGUUAAGGAAGCAUUGCUGAAGAGAAGGCAUACUGAUACAAAUGCAGAGGAAUCUAAUCCUCAGCAGAAAAAGCAGAGAAUGCAUCCGUUCAUGUAUGAAGAGAGACUCAACAAUCAACCUGCUGAAAAACUAAGAUGCAGCAAAAGGAUCCCCGUUUCACCAAAACAUGUUCCUUGUCCGUGUUGUAACUCAUGUUCGACCUCUCAAAACAAAGCUUCAACUCAUCAGAAGGAAGAAGAACAAGAUACUGGGCCAGAUCUUACAAGUAUUGAGGUAUCAGUAACAGAAAAAACUGAUGACUUAGGGGAUCAGCAAACACACCCUGAAGUUUCUGUGGGUCCUCUCCACCAAGCUGAAGUCCCUGAAUGGUCGGGGGUGAUUUCUGAGAGUGAUUCCAAGUGGUUAGGCACGCGAAUGUGGCCUCCCGAAGUGGAAACAACAAAAUCUUUGGUUGAGUUAGAUCCUAUCGGGGAGGGAAGACGAAGUUCAUGUGGUUGUCGAUUUCCACAAUCUGUUGAAUGCAUCAGGUUCCAUAUUGCGGAGAAGAGGUUUAAAUUGAAGCUCGAGCUCGGUCCUUUGUUCAACCGAUGGAGGUUUGAUCGCAUGGGAGAAGAAAUUUCACUUUCUUGGACAGCUGAAGAGGAAGAGAGAUUCAAAGAUAUGGUAAGGUCAAGUUCUACGUCGAAUAACAAAUGGAAGAAUUCUAAGAAACUACUUCCAUCCAAGACUAGGAAUAUGUUGGUUAGCUAUUACUUCAAUGUAUUCCUUAUCAGACGUCGGAGCUAUCAAAACCGAGUUACUCCAAAAGAACUCGAUAGCGAUGAUGAUGAGAUUGAGCUUGGGUCUGUCGGCGACAGUUUUGGUAAUAUUGCAGUUCAUGUACCAAGCUCCAGGUCACUAACAUGCGUCGAGAAUAAGGUAUGCUCUGAUCUGGAGUAACAUGUCAUGGACAUUGUAGCGAGUGUUCUAGUUGAUACCAACAAAUAUGUUUUCUUGAAUUUAACAAGCAGUUAUUGCAACUUGCUUGGCAAUUUUGACAGACUAAUUGAGUGCAGGUAAUGGCAAGAGCAAAUACUACUCAGUAGACUGAAGUGAUGAUCUUAUUAUGUAAAUAUAUAUAUCUGAAAUAUUGCCAAAUAGUGCAUUGUAAAAGUUUAAACAAAUUGCAUAUAAGGAUUCAAGGUUUUCUUUAA